CCUCUCCCGAUAUUCUCGGUACACGCGUCCUCGUUUCGCGCUUCAAAACCAAUGCGCAACGAAACAAGGUCAAAGGCAACAUCCUUGACAAACUUACCGGAUUGGCCGGUCUGAUAGUGAAUAUGUGGAUUCUCCAUAAGAGUUUUCACGUCGGAUAACCAAUUGCUGUUUCGUUCGAUAACCGGAUCGGAAAAAUUUAUCACACUGCUAAUAACCGGCAUAAUCAUAGGAUUUUGCAAUUUUUUAGCACAGUUUUUUUGUUUCGAUCGAAUUUAAAUAUCUUUGCUGUAAGAUUCGCCGCUGCAAAGCAGUAUAUUUUAUUCAUGAACAGUAUAGGCGAGACGUGCAAUGAACUAAAACAACAAUAUGAUUCUUGUUUCCACACGUGGUUUUCUGAGAAAUUCUUGAAAGGAAGUCUACAAGCGUAUAACGUAUGAAACUCUGAGAGAGGGAGAGAAAGCAAAAGCGCAACAUGGAGCAUUGCAGUGAAUUGAAACAGAAAUACGACGCCUGUUUCAAUAGUUGGUUCUCUGAAAAAUUUUUAAAAGGCGAUACCAAUGAUUCAGUAUGUGCCUCCUUGCUUAAAGUCUAUAAAGAUUGCGUAGCGAAAGCCAUGAAGGAGCAGCAUAUUGAGUUCAAAGAAAUAGAGACAAAUUAUUUAGAAACAGAAAAAGAAAAGAAACAUAGUUGACAAGAAAAUGUGCACAUGUCAUAUACUUGGGUCCUAUGCAGCUUCUUCAAAAGUUGUUAAUAAUACAAGUGCAAAUAUUUUAAAUGUCAUUUCUACUUUUCUUUAUGAAAUAUUCAUUAACAUUUAAUUAGACUAUAUAUAUAUAUCUGUCUGAAUGUAUA